AUGAAGUACGAUAGGAGACCUCUAAAACCUGAAUUGCAAUUGACACAAACACAAGAUAGACCGUUUCAGGAGUUAUUUAUCGAUACAUUUUCAAUAGAAGGACAAUAUUACCUCACUAUAGUAGAUGGUUUUAGUAAAUUAGGACAGGCAUUUUUAAUAAGUUCACGCUCAACUCCCGAAGUAGUUAGGGCUUUAAUAAAAUAUUUUUCUUUAUACGGCGUACCUGGACGAAUUAGUGCGGAUCCCGGAGCCGAGUUUAAUAAUGCAUUAUUAAGAGAUCUUCUAUCAUUUUACAAAAUAAAUCUUCACAUUAGUACUCCACAUAACCCCAACUCAAUGGGGAUAGUCGAAAGAUUUCAUUCCACCAUCAUCGAAAUAUAUAGAAUAGCUAAAUACGAACGGAAGAUAACUGAUGCGACGGAUGUAAUGACUUAUGCGAUUAUGUCUUAUAAUCAUUCAAUCCAUUCUACUACAGGCUUAACACCCUUUGAAGUCGUAUUUGGCCAUACCGAGUCUAAUCAUAUAUUUUCUGUAGAUUUUAAUAAAAUGUAUACACAACAAUUAGUUAAGGAACAUGCUCGAAAAACUAAAUUCUUAUAUCAAUAUUUAACCGAUAAAAUCAUACAUCAAAAACAGCAUUUAAUCGAGAAACAUGGCGGUGAAAAAGAGUUAGAAAUAGACAUAGGCGAUACCGUGUUUAUAAAGGGAGUUAACACGCGACGUAGUAAGGAUAAGGCACGUUAUCAAAAAGCCCGAGUAUUGGGUCCGAUUCAUAGAAACGUUGUUCCAGUGAUAACUCAGAAACGAAAAACUAAGGUACAUACUAAAGAUUUAAAACGCCCUUCACAGGUUGUUACUCCUGCUGGUACAUCUGACCCCAAGCCAGGCCCUUCAACUGCAAAAGAUUAA